GCAUGGGCAACAGUUGUGCCAUCUUAUGAACUGACAAUGCAUUUGGUAAGGUCAAGGUGGCAUUUCUAGUGGUCCUGAAAUGUGGAAAGAUUCACAUACACGCAGUUCCUGGGGAAGAGAGUAAUAUACUGUUUUUAAUGGAAAUGAAAAUUACCCCACUAACUAAUAUACUGUUCCAUUCGAAGUAUAGAUAGAACCGUUUCCAAGAGCUGUGAUUUGUGGUGCUCAGUAGACCGGUUACAGUGAGUUCAAGAAUUUGUAUGUGUUUGCUUCAGUUGAGCAGUCCAAUGUUGCUGCACCUUUGGCAGUUUUCAUUAGUUAAAGGGAGUUCAAGAAUUUGUAUGUGCUUGCUUCAGUUGAGCAGUCCAACGUUGCAGCACCUUUGACAGUUUUCAUUAGUUUCUCAUAGCAAUGUAAAGCUCUGGUGUUUGGACAUUGCUUUGUGUUUUGCUGAUGUCGUCGCCCUUCUAACAAAUAUAUAUUCUCAUAAAUAUCCAAACCGUGUGAGUUUGUCUCUACAACACCAACACAUUCUGCAUCAUUACGGGUCCUGUGAGUGCUUUGGUGCUGCAGAGCUCAAUAUUUUCAAUCCGAAGCAUUGAGACUAUAGACAGUUGCUGCUCAGAGAUUGGGUUCCUCCUUUUUUAUGACAUACUGUAUCUCACCAGUUGAUCAACCUCUUAUUGCUAACUGUAUCGAAGGUCAAAUGAUUGAAUAUCUUGGAUUUAGUCAAUAUUUCCUUACUUGGAUAGAGUUCAUUGGUUGGAGAUGUUUUCUUUGGUUUGAAUGGUUCUGCUUUUGUCAGUGUACUCUUAGAUAAAGAAUCCUCAUCUGCAUAGGAAUGGUUUUCCGCUAAAAUGCUGGUGUGUUGGAUAUUGUCAGUUAAGUGACAGCAGAAUUACCUAGAGUGAUAGGCAUUUAAUUGCAGUACAGUAAAUAUUAUGCAUUCAUCUUCUAUGUUGCUGAGUAUUGUUGUUGCUGCAUAAGAUUGAUUUCUUGCAUCUGGUGAGGCGAAUAAAUCACAGGAGGUAGAUGAACUCUUUCAAAAAAAGUGAAAGCAUGAUCUUCAAAAGGAAUGCUGUGAAUGCCUGUGUCCUGCUUUUUGUCUUUCAGAAUUAUGGAAAAUAUUGCUGGCUGAGUAUUUUUGUUUUGAAGAGAUACCAAAUGUGAAACUCAUCGUAAAAUUGAAGUUGUGAGAAAAUCUGUUGACUGCUGAAGUGAAAGCUACAGUUGGAUUUGAUGGCAUACCAUUCAUUUGUGGGUAGAUGUUGUAAUGUUAGUUCUUCUGGGUCAGAAAAUAAUAGUAUCAUAUAAUACAGUGCCUUUUUUUCAAAUAAGUCAGACGAUAAGAAUAUGUUUGAGGGAUUAAAUAUUUAAAGGUCUAUCUUGGAGUCAUGAAUCACUAUGGAACAUGCUGAAAUUCUAUCUCAGAAUGUGGAAGUGUUUGUUGUCAAAUAUGGGCUUGGGAUUCCUCUUAAAGGCUUAGCUAUAUGAAAGCUUAAUCAUUGUAACAGAGAAAUCAUGAUGGAAAGGGAUACAGGCCGUCCACGUGGAUUUGGGUUUAUCACAUUUGCAGACCGUAGGGGAAUGGAGGAUGCAAUCAAGGAAAUGCAUGGACGGGAAAUUGGUGAUCGCAUCAUCUCUGUCAACAAGGCGCAGCCUAAGAUGGGCGGUGAUGAUAUAGACCAAGGUUACAGAGGCAGCUACUCAUCGGGUGGUAGGGGAAGCUAUGGGGCUGGAGAUAGGAUAGGACAAGAUGACUGCUUCAAAUGUGGGCGUCCAGGACACUGGGCCCGAGAUUGUCCUUUGGCAGGAGGUGGUCGUGGUCGUGGUGGUGGGGGUUCAUUUUCUUCCCAUCCAAGGUUUGGAGGUGCUGGUGGACAUGGGGAUCGCCUUGGUGGUGAACGUGAUCGAUAUGUGGAUGACCGUUAUGAUGGAGGACGCUAUGGAGACAGGGAUCGUUUUGACAACCGUGACUACAAAUAUGGCAGCCGUGAUCGCUAUACUAGUGACAGGUACCCAAGCAGUGGAGAUCGUUUUGCAAGCGAUCGAUAUGGCAGUGGCUCGGAUCAUUACCCACAAAAUGGUUAUGGCAAGGAAAGAGGGUAUGACCGAUACAGUGGUCCACGAGGCGGCGCUGAUAGGUAUGGAAGUGGAAUAGCUGGUCGAGAUGAAGGAAGGAGUUAUAGGGGUAGACCUGGUCCAUAUGACCGCCCAAGCAGGGGCUCUCGUCCAUCACUCGAUCGUUACUGAUUUCUACCGUUUCUGUUUUUAACGGGAAAUUACAAUGCAGAAGCCACAUUAGAGACCUAGUUCUUGUUCUUGUUAGUUUGCGACAACUGCUAGAUUAUAGUUUCAUAGAUUCUGGAUUUCCUAGUUUGUUUCCUUAUUUAGAUAAUUGUCACAAUCCCCCUUGUUUGUGGUGUUAUAGUUAUCCUCAGAUUCACAA